CGUCCUCGUCCAAGCAACAGCGCUCGUCGCCAAGCUGGACCCUCCCAGAUGGCUCGAGUCGUCCCGACAGACGACGAUCUGACCAGGCUGCAACGUCUGAGCCAGAAGAUCUCCUCUCGUACUCUUCCUGUCGAGUUGCUCGGGGCCUGUUGGCCAGGUUACGACUACAGUCCGGUCCUGACCGCCUCUCGUCCGGUCCCUCCCAGGCCGCCCUCACCCGUCGAGAGCUUCGAAUCCCGAGAUACUUGGCACAGAGCCGAAGAUGGUCUCCGUCCUCUGCCCCGACGACAAGUCCCUCCACCCCCGCCUGCACCUUUGCCAGCGCGACCCAUCACGACGACGAUCGUCCCAAUCAUGUCGAUCAAUCCCUAUCGGACAGAGACCUUCUCGACACCUUCCUUUCUGAGCAGACCGGAGAUCAUCGAGAUCACUCCCGGCGUAGAGGACGGUGAGAUCGACGACGGUGAACCAUUUGAUGACGGUGAGCCAAUCGACGAGACACCGCUCACGAGCAGGACACCCUCGCGUUCGCCAGAGCUACAGAUCAUCGAACCUACGACCGAUGACCGUCCCAAUAAGCAUGCUAGUCCUCUCGUUCAUCCCUCGCGUCUCAAAUCCGUCGAAGCAAGCCCAACCGACUCGCAAAAUCCUGCAGCCACUGACAAUCCACACCCCAGGACAUUGAUAGAGCCACCGCCAGCAUUCCCUUCUUCUGAGGUCAUCUACCUGGACGAUCUGGAUGGAGACGAGCUGGACGGCGAAGAGGUCGUCGAGCUGGAUGAUUCCCUCGAACUCAUCGAGCAAUCUGCUCGAGGGGACAUGGCAUCAGCAGAGCCAGACCAUGCGAACAGGGGCACUGUGCACGAUCCAACAUACGUAGCUACUCGUGCACUGCCUUCACCUGCCACAAUGAGCUCAGUUGGCGCGCGCACGCCUACAGACGACGUUUCUCAACCUCAGAUGACACUCGCCGCCAAGCCUCAUCACGAGGCAGAUUUAAUCCAGCGUCUCUCGCCUCGCAGUCCGCCGAAGAAGCGCAGGCAGACCAGCACGCUCUCACAGAGCGGCAGUGACGAUGAACCGGUCGCACUCGAGCCUGUACCGAUGACGAUCUCGCACGAUGGUCUGAAGACGCCGGAACCGCAGCACGAGCCGCAGCUUCCCACGCCGGCCGAUAGUCAUCACGAGAACGAAUUGAUCUCUCGCAUUGCGCCCAUCAGUCCACCACGCAAACGUAGGCGCACGGAUCUCACAUCGGAUAGCGAUGGCGAGCCUCAAUCGGAGAAAGUGGAGCGCAAGUCUCGCAAACCGGAAACGACUGCAAAAGGAACGCACGCGCAUGAACACCCUAUCGACGUACCGCGGAGCAGUCCGACCUCGCCAGCAAAAUCACGAUCAUUAGCAAGUUCUGCGGGCACAUUGAUCUCGAGGAUCUUCGGAGGAUCCCAGGGUCAGACUGGCGCUUCAUCGCCGCCCCAAAACGAAGCCAGAGACGCAGCAUAGAUCGCACACCCCCUCGCAAGCGAUAAGCUUUAUGAAUGAAAUGUCCAAGCGCAUGUUGUCACCAUCAACGUCAGUCUGCAUUUUGGUGUUACAAGCAUACACUUGCGGUGAAAUAGACUGUGCAGGACGAGUCAGAUUACACCCUGAAAGCGCAGUCAUCGACUGCUCUUCACGGCGUCAGCAAACAACAUCUGACCGGAGGAAGCUGCAGGAGGCGUGAGAGCUUUUACUGAGCCAGGUGGGGCAGGAUGAUCACCGUUCGUCGAGAUCUCGGUGAGCGGGGUAGCGGAGCCAGGAGGCAGCGCGGUCUCUGGCACGAAUGCUUCUGUGGGCCUGAGCUUCUUCGAGGGUUUGUCGAUGACUUGAUUCGCAGGAGCGGGUGCGGCCGAAUCUGGACUUGCUGCUAG